AUGGAAGUUUGCUUCAAGAAGUUCAUUCAUUGCUUUGAAAUUGUCAGUUUUACUAGCUACUGCAAUCUGUCUUUCUCUCUUAUGUGUAAUGAUUUUCUUAGGUAUGACAGUCCUAUUGUUGCCGAAUCACCAUGGGAAUCAUCUGGCCUGAUAGUUUCCUUGAGAAGCGUAAUGCGACGAGGGAAAGACUUGCAUCUGGAGAGGCGUGAUGUUAGGCUUGAGAAGCGGGAGCUUCGGUUGGAGAACCGUGAGGCUUGGCUGGCGAAUCGUGAGGUUAGGUUGGAAAAGCGCGAGCGUCGCUUGGAUCGCUAUGAGAAUCAGAAAGAUCAGAGUUUGGAGCAGCGGAAGGCGGAUUUUGAUAAAAACUGGGAGGGGUAUCAGAAUUGGUUGCUUUAUAAAGCUGCCCUAGAGGACGCCCCCUCUGCUUCCAAAGUGGAUGGCCCCUCUCCUGCCGCAGAGAAGGUCUCUGCUCCUGCCCCAAAGACCUCAGCUCCUAUAGCUGCUCCUGCCCCGGGGAAUCAAACUCCUGGCUCAUUGAACAGAGUUGCGGACGCUGUCAAGACUGGAGUCACCACCGUCACUGAGAGUCUGGAAAGUGCCGACAAAAUGACCACGCUGCUGGAGAAGGUUGUGGCUGCUCCGACAAGAGUGCAGGACCUAAGGAAAAGCUAUGAAGAAAACAAAGCAAUUGUCUCUGCAAUGAGGAAAAGCUACGAGGAUAACACGGAAGUUGGCUCCUCCUUCAAGAGUGUUGUUGCGGGUGUCGUGACCAGCAGCCUGUUGCUUGCAAGGCAAGCUUUGAAGGAUUUGGUACGGGGAGGUGGAGGAGAUGGUGAUGCCGAGUGA